GGGGUGGGUUGCCGACAGGCCCAGGCGCCUCGGCCGUCGCCUCUCCGACCUCCCGCCGCCUGUCUGCCCCGUCAUCCAAUCCUCCGUUCCGAGACAACUACCUCCAACAACUGACCAAACCACACUUCCUUCAUCAACCGUGACAUUUCGACUCGGCAAUUUCAUUUUCAUUUUCACCGCGAGUACAUCCAGCUUCCGAUUACCAUUAAUACCUGUCCACCAUGAAAGCGACAAACGCCUCUCUCCUUGCGCUGCUGCUGCCGGCAGUCAGCGGUCGUUUCGUCGAGUCUGGCGAGCCGGAUCGCUCGAUACUCUACCCUGAGGGUCUUCCCAAGCCUGCCGAAACCGGCGAGAAGUACCACAUUGAGCUUUCGCCGGGAGAGACAAGAUGGGUGACGGAAGACGAGAAAUGGGAGCUGCGCCGGAGCGGCAGGCGCUUCUUCGAUAUCACCGACCACCCCGACUUGGGUGCCCUCCACGAGAUGAGCGCCUUCAAAAAGAAGAGCGUCUUCCCCGAGAAGCCGACAUUGCAGAAGGAAGUGAAGCCGCUCCUAGCCGAGUUGUCCAAGACUGAGAUGAAGGACCACUUGACGACCUUCACGUCAUUCCACACUCGCUACUACAAGUCCGAUUACGGCCGGCAAUCAAGCGAGUGGCUCCUCGGCCAGGUCCGCGACACCAUCAAAGCGGCCGGUGCCGAGAAGCACGUUCGUGCCGAGCACUUCGAGCACUCCUGGGGCCAGAACAGCAUCAUCGCCACCAUCCCCGGCAAGACCAACUCGACCGUCGUCAUCGGUGCUCACCAAGAUUCCAUCAACCUGUGGCUGCCGAGCGUGCUCCCCGCCCCCGGCGCCGACGAUGACGGCAGCGGCACCGUGACCAUCCUCGAAGCCUUCCGCGUCAUCCUGCAAUCCGAGGACAUCAUCAAGGGCAACCACCAGAACACGCUCGAGUUCCACUGGUACAGCGCCGAAGAGGGCGGCCUGCUGGGCAGCCAGGCCAUCUUCUCGUCGUACGAGAAGGAGGGCCGCGACGUCAAGGCCAUGCUGCAGCAGGACAUGACGGGCUUCAUCACCCGCACCCUGGAUGCGGGCAAGCCCGAGAGCGUGGGGGUGAUUGUCGACUUUGUGGACCCGAAUCUGACCCAGUUCAUCAAGGUUGUGAUUGACGAGUACUGCGACAUCCCCUACGUCGAGACCAAGUGCGGGUACGCCUGCUCCGACCACGCCUCGGCCUCCAAGGCUGGGUAUCCGUCGGCGUUCGUCAUCGAGUCGGCGUUCGAGUACUCGGAUAACCACAUCCACUCGACCGAGGACUUGAUGAAGUACCUGUCGUUCGACCACAUGCUCCAGCACGCGCGCAUGACCCUGGCCUUCGGCUACGAGCUAGCCUUUACCGACUUCGCCGCUCUCGAGGGCCCGAACCACUCGGAUUCGUUGUAAGAUGUUUCUAGGCCUCGGCGAAACAGCAGGCGCAAACGUUGGAUAUCCGUCAUGUUCUGUGCUUUAGCAAGCGUUCAGGAGUGUUGGUAAUCACGAUAGAUACCCUUUCGCGCCACCAAUUAUUAUGAGUCUUGCUCGUUGUCGUCAAA